UUCUCGAAAACGAUGUUUCGAGUGGAAUGCGGCGUCUCCAACGAGAUAGUCAAUGAACAACUUACGGGCAAGUAUCGUGUAACUGCCACCAUGAUGAUUGAUGAUAUACCUAAAGAAAGUAUCGACGAUCAAAAUAUAUAUUUCGAAGAACAAGAGGACAAUCGAGAGUCGCUGUCGAUAAAAAUAGUUCAAAUCGAAGUGAUAUCCGAGUAUAAUGGAAAAGAACGUAUAUCAUUAUAUACCGACCGCAUAAUUGUAGAUUUGAAUUGGCACCAAAUAAGGACCGAUUUGUGCGUUAAAGAAACAGUGAAUUUUAUCAACAACGGGUCAUAUCCCGUGCACGUUUCGUGGAUUCCUAGUGACGAAAACGCUUGCGCGUCCAUAGAUGUGGAACCCAAGUCUUUUGAAGUUACAGAUCGAACCAAAAUCAGUGUGCAUAUUGAACCCUUAUGUCCUGGUCCAUUUCGAGAGAUGUUAAGGUUCUUGACCAAAAAUAGGGACUGCGACACCGGCGAAACAAUAGUAUACGUACGCGGGACGGUCGAACAGAUUCCUAACGUGCGCGUUCGACCGGCAAUAGCACCGCUCGACAAUAUCUGCGCCGGUACAUUAAAUUCGUACGACGUCGAAUUUAAUGUGAUAUCCAACGGCUCAUUUUCCGUGCAAAGGUAUCUGUACGAAUUCGACACCAUCGGUACGCUAAGUUUGCACGGCGACAUCAAGUCGUUUGGCCCGUAUGGAAACGAAAAUAUGAUGUAUACUACGUUAAACUUUAAAACGCCAGUUGAAACCGAAGCGACUGGGAUCUCGUGUCAAUUAGUCGAAUGGUCGUUCGCCGGGUCAAAGACGGUCCAUACCCAGUCUGUUACUUACGCGACACUCCCAGAUGUGCGUUUGAAUGUUAACGCCAUUGCCAUUGCCGAGUCUCUUUACAGGGAUAUACCUCACACCCACAAAGGAAUUCAGUUACUCAAUAAUGCUCAUUGUGAUUUCGUCUACUCUUGGGGCAACCCAAUGGGAUCGGAUACGGAUAAAAUAGAUUGCAUGUUUAAGCCCAGCAGUGGGACUGUUAAUGGCAAUGCUAACGUUGAAUUUGAAUUUAUUGUAACACCUAAGAAAAGUGGCUAUUUAAACAAAUGUCAUAUACCGUGUUUUAUACAGUGCAAUGCACUUGCACCACAACAGAUAAGUCUCGAGUGUUGGGUAAAUGAAUUCAGCGCUACAGUAACAUAUUUCGACGUGUGUGAUACACAAUAUAGCAUAACGUGGCAAGAAAAUAAAAAACAAUGGAUCAUUAAUACAGAACUAAUGGAAAUUGAUUUAUUAGAAUCUGAAAGCAAUCGAGCAUCAAUAACCAAAUAUUUAAAUUAUUCUGAAACUGAAAAUGCAGAAGAAUAUGAAAUUGAGCCGGAAGACCAGGAACCGACCAAAUGGCGUUUUGGAGAAUGGCCGAGACGUGACACACCGUUAUGCUCACCGUUGGUCGAACAAUUUCAACGAGAGCUGGACUACUACCAUCCCAUUAUAGCGUUUAAAGACAUAGAAUGCAAUACAGGCACAAAUAUUCAUAUUCGAUACAAUUAA